UCGGACCCUCCGUACAUUUGUACGGAGAGUCCGGAAAGACAAAAAAAAGGCGAAGUUUAUUUACAAUGGCUUCAUUCGUUCUCAAGGUGUUAAAUGUGCGUUUGUUGAUAAGGAGAGGCACAUGUUUACAUCGGCCGUCCACAGAAACGUUGUUUGGCGUAUGCAGGAGCCCUUACUCCACUGAUGGAGACAGUAGAGUCCCAAAGAUCUACACAAAGACUGGAGACAAAGGUUUCUCCAGCACCUUCACGGGCGAGAGGAGGCCCAAAGAGGACCAGGUGUUUGAGGCACUGGGGACCACAGAUGAGCUGUCUUCUGCCUUAGGCUUGGCCCGGGAGUUCUGUCUGGACAAAGGCCACUCCUUCACCCCUCAGCUGGACAAGAUCCAGUGCGUCCUACAAGAUUUGGGUUCAAAUGUUGCCACGCCGGUGUCCUCCGCAAGAGAGAGUCACAGAAAGAAAACUACGUUCAGCCCUGAGCCAAUAGCAGAACUGGAAACCUGGAUUGAUGAAUUCACAGAGGAACUUCCACCGCUAACUAACUUCAUCCUGCCUUCUGGCGGGAAGAGCAGCUCUGCUCUCCACGUUGCCCGGACGAUCUGUCGCCGGGCAGAACGCAGGGUUUCUCCCAUCGUUCGUGCGGGCGAAGUGGACCCAAACGUUGCCAAAUAUUUGAACAGGCUGAGCGACUACCUGUUCACUGUGGCCCGGUACGCAGCCAUGAAGGAGGGCAGCCAGGAGACCAUCUACCAGCGACCCACAUAACAGAACCCCACUCUGAGGAGCACGGGAACCACGGACAUGGAGCGAGACAAACAAUGAGAGAUGCUGACGUUUUGUUUUAGGAUUAUGUUAACAGAAUAAAACCACAGA